AGGGAAUGGGGAAGCAAAAUGAGGUGAAGGUAGUAUUUUGACAGAUCAGAGAGGAGAGAAGCAAAUGAGCAAACAGAAUUUUUGCAAAAACAAGUUUUAUUGCUUUCAAAGGGAGAAAGAUGUGUUGGGCGUAAUAAUGUCUGGGUUUGAAGGCGUUUAGUAGUUUAGUGAUCAUUACCAGAGAUGCCAGGAUUAGAGAAUAAGUGGGUAGGACGUAGAGCGCCCUGGACUUGAGAGAAGAAGGAAUGAAGGCUUUCUUUGGAGGAGGAGGGUUUUGGAUUUUUGUUUUAUUUUGUUUGUUCAGGUGUGUGUGGAGGGGGGGGGGCAGAAGUCAACCUUAGAUGAUUCUCAGGCACAGUCUACCUUUUUUUUUUUUUGGAUUGAGACAAUCAUUUUUCAUGGAGCUGCCCAAAUUGGCUAGGCUGGCUGGCAAGAGACCUGCCUGUCUCCACAUCUCCAGCACUGCACCACCACUGCAUCUAACUUUUUUAAAAAAAUAUGGAUUCUGGGAAUCGAACUUAGGAAAGCACUUUACCAACAGACCUGCCUCCACAGCCUUGCUUUAUUAUUUUUUAAAAAUUUUAUUUUGCUCUUGAAAGAAAAAGCUUUACGAAGUUGUAGAGGCUGGCUUCUGACUCAGUCUCCUAAGUGCUGAGAUUACAUGCAUGUAAUCUCUUUAGAGAGAACAUGAAUAAGAGGUGUGGGGAAAGAAAGGGAGGCCAAGACCAGUCACGGGGAACUGAGAAAAUAACUUUCCUGUAUUAAUAACACCACGGAUGAUGGGGAAAGAAGAUAAGACACAAGGAGGGUUGUGUUUUCCUUUGAAGAUUUACUGGCCCCAGGAGAAUCGGAGCCUAACCAUCAAACUUCGGAAACGGAAGCCAGAGAAGAAGGUGGAGUGGACGAGCGACACCGUGGACAAUGAGCACAUGGGGCGACGCUCGUCAAAAUGCUGCUGUAUUUAUGAGAAACCUCGGGCCUUUGGUGAGAGUUCCACCGAGAGUGAUGAGGAUGAAGAGGAAGGCUGUGGUCAUACACACUGUGUCCGGGGUCACCGCAAAGGACGGCGUCAUACAACCCCAGGACCUACCCCAACCACUCCCCCCCAGCCUCCUGACCCCUCUCAGCCCCCUCCAGGACCUAUGCAGCACUAAACCCCUCUCACCUGUCAUGUGUCUGCCUGGCCCCAAAUGUAUCCAUCUGGCUACAUGGGGACUCAACCCAUGGUCUGAUCCCUUCUCCUGCCCCCUCCUUCCCUCUCCUGCCUGAUAGAGAAGAGGAAGAGGAGGAGGGCGGAGAGAGAUCCUGGAAUUCUGACUUGCUGCUGUUCCAGAACCCAGGCUUCUGGGUUCUCCCAGUUCCCUCUUCCCCACAGUUUGCCCUCUUGCCUGGGAUCCAGGCACCGUGGCCCCAGUCUGUUCCUUUUGUUCUCACUGCCAAACUACCUGUCCUGGGAUCCAGCUAUCUUGGCCACCUGCACCCUUAGCUUGAGUCCCAAGCACCUAAACUGGGUUUUCAACAGUCCCAGCUUUCACUGCCAGGACCCCAGUUAGAUUCCAGGCAAUCUUGUGCCCCAGCUCUGCAUAUUAAUCCUGGCUUACAGUUCUUCCACUUAUGCAAUUAUCCUAAAUCAGUCCUUGCCUGUGGGAUCUAAGGUUGUGUGGAGACCAUAGGGUCCCCAGCCCUUCUGUUCCUAGAUAUCCCUUCUGGCCCUUAUAAGGAGUUAGGAGAGGUCUUUGUCGGUCACACCUCUCGUGGAAAGUGGACCCCAAAAUAGUCGUGACCUGAAUAUAACCUUUCUGACAAAGCUGGCUCAGACCAGUGACUUAGAGCCAACGAUUUUCUCAGCCUUUAAUCUUUGAGCUUCAGCACUGUUGUCCAAGGGACCUGGGUCUCUAAAAGGAAAGGAGAGGGGAAGAACAAAGAGAUGAGGGGACAGGCCCCUGCAGUAUACUCCUACCCUUUCCUGCCUAGGCUGUGAUGUCUCUACCAACCCAGGUGUCUUGCUCUCUCAGCCCUCCCCAACUGGUGCUGGGAUCUGGGUAUUGUCCUCCAGGCCUCUAGCUGUGCACAGUACAGAGAUCAGCAGAACCCAUGCCACCACUGAGAUCUCAUUUAUUGCCACAGAUGCACAAAAUAAAUAACCCAACAUUGCA